UAACUGAUUUAUUUAUAACUAGCUUUUUCCCGCGACUUCGGCCGCGUGGUAAAGUUACUUUGAGCUAUAUUUCUUACAAAUAUUUAUUAAUUAUAUCUUAAAAAUACCUGAAAUAAAGUUUCAUCCCCUAUUUUAGCCAAAUUUCAGAUGGAUCCGUGCAGUGGUUUGGGCUGUGCGUUGAUAGAUCACUGUCAGUCAGUCACCUUUGAGUUAUAUAUACUUAGAUAAUAAUUUUAUUCAUUUAUGUAUCCGUGCUUUUAUACGAGUAAUAACAAGAUUAACUAAAAAAAAUCACCCUUAUAAAUUACUGUUUUGUUUUUCUCAGUGUUCUAAUUUUUACCGGUCAUGGAUUGUAUAAGCGGUUGGUGUAAAAGCGAACGUCGUCUUGACGGGUCCGUCGCUAUUGUCACCGGUUCCAAUACCGGUAUUGGCAAAGAAACUGCAUCAGACUUCUUCAAUCGAGGCGCCAGAGUAAGCAUAGCAUGCAGAGACAUAGAGAAAGGCAACGCAGCAAAAAAAGAUAUCGAAAAAACGAUCACCGAUUCCGGCAGAGGCGAGCUCGUGGUUGAAAAGUUAGAUGUGGCUAGUCUGAAUUCUGUUAGAGAAUUUGCCAAGCGAAUAUUAUUGAGGGAGAAAAGUAUAGACAUAUUAGUAAAUAACGCCGGCGUUAUGAUGUGCGUCGAAGGAAAGACGGAAGAUGGAUUUGAAACUCACAUAGGCACGAAUCAUUUGGGGCACGCGCUCCUCACGGUUCUGUUACUGCCGAAAAUGAACAGUAGCGGCGAUUCAAGGAUUGUCUUCGUGUCAUCUCUUUUACAUAAAUGGGCACCGCAGCUUGAUCUAGAAGACAUGAACUUUGAAAAGUCGCCGUACGAUGCUUACCAAGCUUACUGUAGAAGCAAAGCUGCCAACGUUUUAUUCGCAAGAGCACUUGCCAACGAACUUAGGAAACGCGGCAUAACGAAUGUGACUACAUACAGCCUGCAUCCGGGCGUAGUGGGCACCGACAUCGGGAGGCACUUCAGCGAUUCAGUGGUGCGAGGUGCUUCUUGGAUCUUCAACAAGGCUUCUCCUUUAUUUGCGAAGUCACCCAAGUGUGGUGCACAGACAUCAAUUUAUUGCGCUGUUGAUGAAGCGUGUUCUAAGGAAUCUGGACUAUACUAUGCUGAUUGCGCCGUAGCAAAGACUUCUAAGCAAUGUCAAGACGAUGCGUUUGCAGCGAAAUUUUGGGAUUGGACAAUUGAAAGUUUAAAGAUUGAAAAAUAUGAUCCAUUUCAAACAUCAAAUUAACCAGUCGCCUAUCCACUUGAAAAUGUUUCGUUAGAUUCAUAGCGUUAGUGCGAUGAAUUAGAUGUCGCUACGUAUUAUUAUUACCAAUUAGCAUAAAAAGCACGUCCAACCUACAUCGGUUGGACCGCGGUCCCUGGUCUAACAACACCUAGAUUGGAGGUAGACAAUUAUUCUUUAGUCUCCAUUGCCAGUUAUCUCCAUCACGCAGUAGGGACCACACCUUCAACCUUACGGUUCCUACAAAUGGAUGCCUGGUAGAGAUCGCGUUUAAAAGCAAUAAGACCGCCAACUGUACUUUUUGUAAGAUUAAUUGUAAAAAAAUAAAACAGACUUAUUUUUAUAUUUGUUUAUUAUUUGCUAUUUUAAUAA